AUGAAGGAGAGCCUUCCUGCACUGACGCUCGGGAGGCAAAAUGGAGCACAGGCUCUCAGCCUUGAUUUCAUAGCCAUAAAUCUGAUCGUCUCUAUGGCCUCUAGGGGUGUACCGUUCAGAGGGUAUUUAAGGGUGGCCAUCUCCUUGACUUCCAUCGUACCACUCGUUCUGUUGGUCGUGUUUGCGUUGGACCAGGUUAACGCACUCGCUGUUACGUUCCCUCCCAAACAGGUCAAGGUCAGGGAAGAGAACAUUGACUCGGCGCCGAUUGCCGCUCGUGAUCUUCCAGUUAUUGAAGACCAAGCAGCCAAGCGAGGAGAGGUUGUCGAGGCCCGCGAGCCCAUUUUUAACCUGGAUGCCACUUUAAUCAAAGGUGCCCAUGGGCACUGGUCUCCUCGGAUUGGGAAUCGUAAAUAG